UAUAGAAUGUGGUUUACUGUAUCUCAUCUCUGAUAGAAACAUUGAAUGUCAUAUAGAUCAUCUCUAAAUCUCUGUUCUAUAACUGGCAACCACCUUAUGUGUAUUGGGUUAAUUUUGUUUUGUGUAGGACUGUGGUAUUAUUUACUGUCAUACAAAAGAGAAUUGUGAAAACAUGGCAAUUAAAUUAUCAGAUAGUGGUAUAAAGACAAAAGCUUAUCAUGCAGGUUCGUGCAAUCUUAUAUUCAGAAAAUGUUUGUACUAGUUAAAAUACAUCAAACACGAAUAAUUGCUUCCACCACCACUACAUUUUCCUGAUAAGUACGUAUGUGAUUGGUUAAUCGGGUAGAUUAAACGCAUCUGAUUGGUUAAUGAUCCCCUUAAUGGUGGCGGUAGUGGUAGUAGAUGUCAAAUUUAAACCUAGCUAAUGAGUUUGGGGACGUUUCGUUCAUUUUUUGAUCGGUCCUCCACCGCUCCUCGAAGAAAUUUUUGGUCCGUCUUUGUUUCCCUUUAUAAUUUUUUAAUGUCUUAAUGAUAGGGCUAAACUCAAAACUGCGUAAUGAUAUUCAACAAGAGUGGAUGGAUGGCGUAAUAUCAGUUAUAGCAGCAACAGUUAGUUUUGGUAUGGGUGUCGAUAAAUCUUCUGUGAGGUAAGAGAACGUAGUAAAAUAUUGCCGUGCAUGAAUUUCAUCUGAGCGAUUAGGAUUCUCUGGUUGUAAAAAAACCUUAAGCAUUAGGCAAGUUUGGAAAAUUUAUUGGGAAAGGUCUGAGGAUGGUUUUGUAAUGUAGUUAUAUAUAUUUGAUUUGUUUCAGGUUUGUUGUUCAUUGGAAAAUCCCGCAGUCAGUUGAAAGAUAUUAUCAAGAAAGUGGUCGCGCUGGACGUGAUGGAAAGAAAUCAUAUUGUCGAAUGUAUUAUUCGAGGUCCUCUAUUUAUAAACUGUACUUAGUGUUUUCCUCUAUUCCACUUUAAUUAGAGUAUCUCCCUAAUCUCCUAUCACACAAUGAUCGUAAAUGUAUACAGCAUGCAUUAUCUAGUAGCACGAAACAGAGUUUGUUACAUAGGUAAACAUACAAUAAAUGUGUCUCAUUGGAUAAUAUAUUUGCAGUUUUUCCUUUCGUCCUUUUACCAAUUAGAUUUUGUAUAAUUUUUGAUGUGAAAUUUCAAUCUCUUUCGAUAUAGAUAUGAAAGAGAGCAGAUUUUAUUUCUGUUACGGAAAGAUCUCAAAGUACGGAUAUAAAACUCAGUGGAUUUACAAAUUAUCUGUAGGCAGUCUUUCAGUAUAAAAAUUAUCUUCUGAAUUGUAGAAAAAGAGAGAUAAGUCAAUGAAAGAAAAAGUAUCAAUGAAAAGUUUUAAAGCUUUGGUGGAAUAUUGUGAAGAAGCAAGGUAUGACUACAAAUCGUUUAAAUGUAGAAAUUGGUCAUUUCUUUCUAAUGUCUCAACAACAAAAUUAAGAAGAACCCAGUUGGGAACCAGGUUAGGUUCGGGGUUGGGUGCAAGUUACGUUCAAGAUUUUAUUGUCUAAAACGCGAUCUUGAUCAGUUUAGACCCUCCGGUUGGGGUAUGACUAAAGGGAGAGUUACCAAGUGGAGAGUUAUCUCGGAGAGUUAUGAUUUCGGAGAGUUAUGUUCGAACCACGCCCACUUCCCCCAAUGACCACACCCAAUUUCUUAACUCUUCCGACGUUUCCUUGAACUAACAUGAGAGAGUUAUGUUUGACGUAACUCUCUCUCGUUAACAUUAUGAAGAUGUUAGAGAAUAGAGAGUUAUCAUUUUUUAUAACUCUCCGCGUUCACGAUUGUGGCAAUGAAGAGAGGUAUGUCAGUUUUUUGAGAAAACCUUAGUAAAGCUUGUUUCUUCGGAUUUUCAUCUUAUAUUUUGGUAUUUCGGUUUGUAGCGUGUCAAUAGCGUGCGUCCAAACAGGACUGAAAUAGUACAACUUGACUCGGUCAAAACAAUGAGAUGCUUGCAUAUUGGCAGUAAAUACGGUAAGCAUAGUUGCAAGUAAAUUGAAAAAAUUAAGAAAAUUGAAUCGUUCAGCAAUUCAGGUUUUGGAAAUACUUUACAGAUCAGCCAAUAGGGCAUUACAUUUGAAAGGUUUUCUGGUUCUAUCUAAUACGAGAGCUGUAUCUGAAUGCUGGGCUUUGUAGAUAAUCCAAGUGAGCAUGUAAUAAUUUAUUUACUCACCUCACUUGGUAAGUACUAAAGUACUACUAGUUUCUACUAGCGUGAAAUGUUAAAGCUGAAACGUGAGAAAAAAGUAAAUUCACAAUAAUUUACUAAAAUGUGGAAGUGUUUUUCAAAAAACUGAUGGACAUAACUCUCCUCAUUGGCAUUGCCACAAUCGAGAACGCGGAGAGUUAUAAAAAAUGAUAACUCUCUAACAUCUUCAUAAUGUUAACGAGAGAGAGUUACGUCAAACAUAACUCUCUCAUGUUAGUUCAAGGAAACAUCGGGAGAGUUAAGAAAUUGGGUGUGGUCAUUGGGGAAAGUGGGCGUGGUUCGAACAUAACUCUCCGAAAUCAUAACUCUACAAGAUAACUCUCCACUUCAUAACUCUUGGUUUAGCUGGUCCCCUCCGGUUGGUGACUCCAGUUUAUCUGGUGGGAAAGAACCUUUAAAACACCAAUGAAAAUUAUCUUUCACUUUAUCGAUAAUCUGUUUUUGUUCAGUAAUUUCAGUUUAUUUGAUAUAUAAAUACACUGGAUCUGAAUGUCAUAGGCAGGGUAGAAUUUAAAACCUUUUUAAAAUCCGGACAAUACCAAACUUAAACAUCCAAAACCAAUGUUCAGAUCAAAUAGCUUUUCGUAGUCCUGAUAAUUUAAAGUGAAAAGUCAUUUUGAAUUUGGGUCGUGACAAUUAUAACCCUACUAUAGUGUGUCAUCUUAUUUUCAUAUUAAUUAAUCUUUAGUAUUUCGAAAACGACCCGCGUUUAUUGACACGUUACGUAGAUAAUGCCCCUUAUAUAAGAGUACGUAAUAAUCUUUUGUAGAUGUCGACAUGCAUUCAUGUCUGAAUACUUUGGAGAUAAAAAACCUGAGGUGAGAAUUCUGCUUUGAACUUCAAGUUUGGUAUACGCGCUGUUUACAAUACAAGCUAAAGGGAUAUUUGCAAACAACGCAUGAUGCCGCAAGCAUUUGCGUCUCGUACCACUGAGUGAAGCAUAUUAAGGUGAUCCGUUAGUUAAACUGGGCACAGAAUUAAGAAUGUUCUCCUUGCUUCCAACUACACCACUAAAAUAAUACUUUUGUUUUUGUUAGUGUAACAAGGGAUGUGAUUUCUGUCGUAAGCCCAAGGAGGUCGAAGUUAUGAUUGAACAAUUGCGCGGUGGAGUGUUUGCCAAUAAAGGUCACAAUGGCUAUUCCAAGACAUACACAUGUUCAAACUUUGGUCAAGUUGAUUACAAUCUCUAUGGUGGAGGAAAACAUGGUGAUGAUACCAAGUUAGUCGUAGUGUCCUUUUCCAAGAAAAUGUCACGAUAGUUCAUUGUAUUAAUGCACCAUAAGUGUCAAAACUAAACCAAGCGUUAAACCUCAAAAAGUACAAAGUGAAGUUUAAUAUUUGCAGCAAUGAAGAGAACGUUUCAUUAGCAAACUUAAACGAUUCGUCGACUUCAGUUCAGUCAACUGAAUGUCAUUCUUUGCUAGUCUUCCGAACUUAAAACGGUCAGUGGAGUGUUAAAAGUGACAUCAUUGUUGUUUGAGGGGGGUGCCAACAAUUUGCGGGGGAAUUGAGUGUGGGGCACGAAACGCCGUCGAGCAAGCUGUAGCAGGGGUCUGCGGGCACAGUCUGGCGGCAAGGUUGUGGAACAUUUUGAGAUUUUUGGUCCUAUUUACUUCAAAAUCCUUGUUGCAAUCACAAUACUGUCAUUUAAUUCAAUGAACAUUUAAAUUUCUGAGGGAGUGUGCGCAACCCCCUGCAACCCCCAGAAAAUCCGUCUAUGGCUAACCCUAACUCAAUCCUAACUGUAACAUUAACCGUAAACUAAAGUGAACUCUGAGAUUAAAUUUUGAACUGUCUUGAAUACCUAGGUCCCUUUCGUCUAUCCCUUGUAGCCAUUACCUGAAUCAGACAUGCACACAUCCAAUGCGAACACUUCGCUGUGUCCUUUUGGUGUUCGUAUUGGAAAGAUUCGACUGUACAUUCGACUGUUUCUAUUGUAAUAAUGUUUCUACUGUAGAUGUUCAGACGAAGAGGGAGAAGGAUCGAAUUAUGAAGAGAAAUGUAAAAAGUAUCGCAAUAAGCUUAUUCAAAAUGAAUUUACGAAAAGAAGAGGG